AUGAAGUUUGCUACUGCUAUCCUCCCUCUGGUUGCCUCGGCCACUGCGUCGUGCCUCCACGGCACCUCGCUGAUGCCCCGUUCCGCCGAUGGCACCGUUGACGUCAACUCCUUCAACUACACCAACACCGGCGGUCCUUUGACUUGGUACGGCCUUGACGCCAAGAACAGCGCCUGCUCCAAGGGCAAGCACCAGUCCCCCAUUGACAUCGUCACCGAUGAAAUCGACUAUGCUUCCAGCAGCUCCGUCAAGUUCCACGUUCCCAGCGCCGACAAUGUCAAGUUCGAGAACCUGGGCUCCGGCCUUGAGGUCGUUUUGACCAACGGUACUUUGGUCACUUCCCAGGGCUCCUACACCCUGGCUCAGUUCCACUUCCACACUCCCUCCGAGCACCGCAUCAAUGAGGAGUACUACCCUAUGGAGGUUCACUUUGUCUUCGAGAACACUGCCGGUGCCAUUGCCGUCGUUGGCUUCGUCUUCGAGCUGUCCCAGUUCGGCUACUCCACCCCUCUGUUUGACUCUGUCUUCGACCACAUCGACGACAUUGCCACUCCUGGCACUUACACCAAGACUGGUCACUUGGACUUCAAUGCUCUGACUGCCCACUUCAAGUCUCACGGCAUCUACCAGUACACUGGCUCCCUGACCACCCCUCCCUGCUCCGAGGAUGUUGCUUGGUUCUUGAGCACCGAGCCCCUGCCUCUGAAUGUCCAGAGCUAUAAUGCCGUCAAGCACGUCCUGAAGUACAACGCGCGUUACACCCAGAACGCUCUUGGCCAGGACAACCUGCUCGAGGUUGCUGCCCAGGAGCUUAACUAA